AUGAAGAGAGAGAGAGAGAAGAAGAGUGUUACUCAGGAGCUGGCAGAGAAGAAGAGAAUUGAGGCCUUGUUCAGGUCUCAAAUGCACUCUAUGAUUCAGAAUAUUGAGGAGACAGCUCUGCUCUCUGAGCAUGUUAAUCUGCUUACUGCUGAGAUGGAACCUGAGACAGUAGAUCAGAAAAUGCAGGAUUUUAAGACACAGAUUGACCUGACUGAGAGAAAGCAGCAGAAACUCUUCUCUAAGAAGACAGCAGAGAGAGAUUUUAAGAUGAUUAUCAUCUCAGAUAAGAAGAAGAAGAAGAAAAAGAAGAAGAAGAAGAAGAAGAAUAAGAAGUGA